GUUCAUGAGACAUUUAUGAAAUCUAUUCAAAAUGUCACUUCUGAAGAAGCCAAAUUGGAGAUUUUAGAGCAGACUAUUGAGUCAUUACAAGUUCAGAUGAGGAAUCUGACACGUUCUAAUCAGGAUAUUUCAAAAGAUCAGAAAAAAUACACAGACAACCACAUUGUGUUUUAUGCCCGGCUGUCCUCGUCAAUUCACCUGAAUGUAUUCUCAAUUGUAAAAUUUAAUGAGGUUGUUAUCAACGAAGGAAAUCAUUAUAACUCAGGAGAUGGAAUAUUUGUAGCACCAGUCGCCGGAGUAUAUCAGUUCUCGUGGAUGACAUUGACGGAUAGCUCAGAUUAUGUGUAUACUGAACUGAGAGUAGAUAAUGUCGUUAUUGAUAAACUUGUUAUUAACCUUGGUUCAGCUGCCGGUACGAUUUCAGCAACUAGAUUAACUGUCUGUAAAGUGGAUAAGGGCGAUCAUGUUUGGAUACAAACAACAGGAACUCACGGCAGUAAUUAAUUCUUGGUGAACUAUGCACGAAGCUCCUUUAUGGGACUGCUGUUGUUCGAAACAUAACAACAACAACACGUUUUUAAGAGGGUUACACACUGUUUGUUAUAAGAGAUGAGAUAAGAUAAAUUGUAUUUCCAAUAGAGGACCCGGCCAUUAUGGGCAUAAUCAGUACAGUGUUUUUUAUAUUAAACAAUUGCAAUAAUUGUUAUAUAUUGUUUCUGUUGCAUUUGAAUAGAAAUUGAUGCCUUCAAAUCUUUAAAUAUAAAACAAUUAUCAUUUUAAUGCGGAUAUGUAAUAAAUCAUUUUGCUGUAUUAUGUUUCCAUGCUGGUUGAUCCUCUCAUGAUAACUAAAAUGACCAAAAGGGAGGUUAGUUUGGGUUGCGUCUGAUUCUUCAUUUUAAUAUUCUUUAAUUCUAUAUGUUAGUUUUAUCGUUUAUAGAUUUGCUUGCCCAUCAUUCUCUAUUCUUUAUAUUUUAGCACAUAAACCUUUUCUAUUCUUAAUUUU